AUGUACGGCUCUAGCGAUGAUGAAUACUUUGAAUGCGAUACCUGCACCCGUCAAUUCACUACUAGGUAUUCCUGUUGCCAGCACAUGAACGAUACAGGCCACUGGGCUCCAACUUAUGAGUGCGAAAUGUGUACCAAGACGUUCCGUUCUCAGCAUGCAGCGAAUCAACAUAUGAAUGCCGUCGACCACUGGGCACCCAGAUUCGAGUGCGAGACGUGUACAAGCACAUUUCGGUCUGAAUCUGCUGCAAAUGAGCACAUGAGGGCGGCCGGACACUUCAAGUUCUACUGUCAAGACUGCCAGAGGACGUUUCAGAACCAGAACAGCCUGAACAUGCACCUCAGAUCAAAGGUCCAUAUCGGCGAUGGCGUUGCUUGCCCAUUUUGUAGAAACGGAUUCACGACCGCAAGUGGCCUUGCCCAUCAUCUCGAGCGGGGUUCCUGCCCCAAGGCACCAAACUUGAACCGUGAAACUAUCAUUCGGAAGAUUCGCGAAUGUGAUCCGCAUGGCCGUAUCACCAACAGGCAGAUCGCGUGGCACGAGGAGGAGAACGUCCGCUACUCAGCUACCGAACACGCGUUCGACGGCCAGUUCUGGCGGUGCUAUAUUUGCAAAGCUUGCUUCAACAAUGUUAAUGGUCUGAAUAACCAUAUCAACUCUCCUGUGCAUAAGCAGAAGGUCUAUCACUGCCCGAACCUGAAAAGCAGAUGUGGCAAAGAGUUUUCCACGCUUGCUGCGUUGUUUAACCACCUAGAGAGCGAAUCUUGUGCUGUCAUGAGGUUCGAGACUGUCCAGCGUGGUGUAAAUGAUAUGAUCCUCAGAGGACGGUUGAUAGGAGCGUGA